ACAUGGCAUCGGAGGUCGUCGUCAACGGAACCGAUGUCAUACAUCCUUGUUAUGAGUUCCAUCAUCUGUAUUAUGUACUGUCAAAAACCCAUUCCUUACAGUGUGUUUUAUUGAACAUAUUUCUGUCUUUAUUAUCCAUUAUUAUCAUAUGCGGAAACCUUCUCAUCAUCAUCUCUGUGCUUUAUUUCAAACAGCUUCACACUCCUACUAAUUAUCUCAUUCUUUCUCUAGCGGUGGCUGAUUUAUUUGUCGGGGUUUUGGUGUUUCCGCUCAGCAUCGAAUUCACCGUCACUUAUUGCGUGUAUGAAGAGGAAUUGCUUUGCAAAGUGCGAAGCAGCAUCGACGUAACACUUAGCACCGCUUCUAUUUUACAUUUAUGUUGUAUUUCUAUAGAUAGAUAUUAUGCAGUGUGUAAACCUCUGAUGUAUAGAACUACAAUCACCGUUCAUGUUGUCGGGGUCAUGAUAUUGAUGAGCUGGUGUUUAUCGAUUUUAGUCGCCAUCGGUUUUUUGGUUGCGGAAUUAAACUAUGCCAAAUGCGGAGAAGAAUGUUAUAUUGAUGUUUUGAUUGCAAAUGUCGCCGGACUUAUUUGUUCCUUUUACUUUCCUGUGAGUAUAAUGUUAUGUAUUUAUGUAAAGAUAUUUCUUGUCGCACAGAAACAGGCACGCAGCAUCGAAAACGCUAACCAUCAAAGCAGGACGCCAAGAGCAACAGUCAGUAAAAUGGAGAGGAAGGCUACUAAAACUUUAAGUAUAGUUAUGGGUGUUUUUUUAAUAUGUUGGAGUCCUUUCUUUCUGUACUUUUUGGUUCAAAUUUUAAACCAGGUUUUGGUACCGAUAGCAGUUGUCGAAACACUAAACUGGUUGGCUUUGACUAAUUCAAUGCUUAAUCCGUUCAUUUAUGCUUUCUUUUACAGCUGGUUCCAGUCUGCUUUUAAAAUGAUUAUAUUAGGGAAACUAUUCCGAGAAAAUUUUUCUCGAACCGGACUUCACUGACAAGUAAUAAGAUCAGUUCUAAUCAGGUUCAUUAUAAGAUUUUUGACUCUUAAAGGACACUGUACUCCCAAGUCUAAGAACGAGCAAUCCUUCAUGUUCAUGUACGGACUUUUGUGUGUAAAUAAUUAAUAACAAACAAGCUUUUGUUUUGGAUAAAUACAAUAAGGUAGACUGGCUAAGGUCUUGACCGGCAUUGAAAUAGAAGUGUUUUGGUGAAAUUAAAAACUCCUUCCUUCCUUGUGUAUACAAAUGUAUGUUGGUUAUUAUUAUUAUUAUUUUUUUUUUUUUUUACUUAAACUUCCCACCAUCCGAAAUUUUGGACCGGUCCACACCAAAAAUUUGCAUCCACCUUUGUCAGAUUAGUAAAUAGUUGUAUCCAAAGGGGAACUGAUCGAUGUAAUACACAAGCACCAAUCACCAGCCAGCCAAUCACAGGGCACAUAUAGACAAACAACCAUUCACACUCACAUUCAUACCUAUGGACAAUUUGGAGUGGCUAAUUAAACUAGCAUGUUUUUGGAAUGGCCGAGGGUGGGAUUGAAGGGUGAGGUCUGCGCGCUAACCACUUGACCGCCGUGCAGCCCGCCUUGAUACCAAUCAAUGAUAAAUAUAUCAUAUUUGACUGAGGCUACGACCUAAACAAAAAAAUAAGGCCAAUUAUUUUACAUACACAGUUAAUAGGGUUAAGGUUUCUAUAGUACCGAAAGUCAACAAAACAUUUUCCCAAGUUCUAUUGGACAGUUGAAGUAUGAAUAUAUUAUGCUAAUUAGCCAAAUGUUGCUAUAAAUCAAGCUAACACGCUGUCACAUGCUUCUGAAGGACACACAUUGAUGUUUCAUCAAGCAGGUAAACCCAACUGUUACAUUUUAUCCCUGGUGCGUUCUUUCAGGAAAAUAUCAGUUCCCAACUAAAAACAUUUUUUUGUGGGAAAAGCUAAAUUUCAAGCAUAAUUAGCAUAAGCGGUAGAAAAUGAAUGAAUAUUUGAAUAUUUGAGUGAGGAGACCAUUGUUACUCAGUAAUAUGGUUAAGGUUUCUAUGGUACCUAAAGUCAACAAAACAUUGUCCAAAAAUUUUAUUGGACAGUUGAAGGAUGAAUAUAUUAUGCUAAUUAGCCAAAUGUUGUUAUAAAA